AUGGAGUACGGCAAUCAAGGCCAUCUCAUCGUCGUGUCCAACCGUCUCCCUAUAACCAUCAACAAGGAUGCCAAUGGGGAGUACCACUUCAAGAUGUCCUCCGGUGGACUUGUCUCCGCCCUCUCUGGUUUUAAAAAGUCGCUUAACUUUACCUGGAUCGGUUGGCCAGGUUUCUUCAUUCCCCUCAAGGAUCGCCCACUCGUCGACAAGCGACUCAUGGAAGAAUACUCCUGCCAGGCCGUGUAUCUCGAUGAUGAUGUCGCAGAUCGUCAUUAUAAUGGCUUCUCGAAUUCAAUAUUGUGGCCUUUGUUCCAUUACCAUCCUGGAGAGAUGAAUUUCGACGAGGGGAAUUGGCUGGCCUAUCGCCAAGCGAAUAUGCAGUUCGCGGCGGCCGUUCGACAGCAGUUGACCCCUGGAGCAAUGGUCUGGGUCCAGGAUUACCACCUCAUGCUUCUUCCGAUGUUACUCCGUGGUUUGGUCGAUGGCGUCCAGGAGAGGGGUGACUAUACUGCUACGGAGCUGUCAAGAAUUACCGAAGGCGUGGAAUCAGAGGACUUUUCUUCCACCAAGGAAGAAUGCAUCCCUGGUAUCAAGAUUGGCUUCUUCUUGCACACGCCGUUCCCCAGUAGCGAGAUCUAUCGGAUCCUUCCCGUUCGUCGUGAAAUUCUCCUCGGUCUCCUCUAUUGCGACUUGAUUGGGUUCCAUACUUAUGAUUAUGCACGACAUUUCUUAUCUUCUUGCACACGUAUCCUCGGCUUGCCUACCAUGCCGAACGGUGUCGAAUUUGAACAAGAGGGUAAGAUGGUACACGUUGGCACAUUCCCCAUCGGAAUCGAACCAAAUUCAUUUAUCGAGAACUUGAAGAAAGAUUCAGUUAAAGUGCGAAUAACUCAGCUUGAGAGGCGAUUCGGCGAUGUGAAGGUUAUUGUUGGUGUGGAUCGUCUCGACUAUAUCAAGGGUGUCCCGCAAAAACUCCAUGCACUAGAGCUUUUCCUCUCUCAGCAUCCAGAAUGGAUAGGAAAGGUAGUUCUUGUACAACUUGCGGUUCCUUCAAGACAAGAUGUCGAGGAGUACCAAAAUCUACGUUCGAUCGUGAACGAACUCGUUGGUCGUAUCAAUGGUCGAUUCGGCACGGUCGAUUUUAUGCCGAUCCAUUUCAUGCACAAAAGUUUACCCUUUGACGAAUUGUGUGCCCUGUAUGCCGUGAGUGAUGUGUGUCUCGUUACAAGUACUCGGGACGGGAUGAAUUUGGUAUCCUAUGAAUACAUCGCUUGCCAACAAGCGCGCCAAGGUGUCAUGAUCCUUUCAGAGUUUGCUGGAGCGGCGCAAAGUCUGAAUGGAUCGAUAGUCGUCAAUCCAUGGGAUUCACAACAAGUGGCCGAUGCGAUUCACGAAGCAGUCACAAUGGAUGUAGCAACACGGGCCGAAAACCACAGGAAGCUGUUCAAAUACGUGAACAAAUACAGUGCAUCGUUUUGGGGGACUAGCUUUAUUAAAGAAAUGUUGAAAAUCCGGGAGAAUGACAUUGGGAAGGACGGAUUAGAGAAACUAAAAGGAAAGAAAGAAGCAACUAAAUAG